AUGCCGACAGACUUGCCUUAUGCCGCGGAUGCGGAGGUCUCAUUGUCCUACGACGAGUUAGAGGUUCUGCGGCUACAAUACCAAAAAGAGCUCGCACAAUCGCACAUUACGAUUCAAACGAAAUUCAAUUAUGCUUGGGGGCUUGUCAAGAGUCCCAUACAGGAGCAUCAGGUGGAGGGUGUGCGUCUGCUGCAAGAGAUCUACAAAGCGGAACCCGCCAGACGGCGUGAAUGUCUGUAUUAUCUUGCUCUAGGACAUUAUAAGAUGGGAAACUAUGAGGAAGCCAAGAGGUUCAAUUCAUUGCUUAUGGAGAAGGAACCGACCAAUCUCCAGGCACAGAGUCUGGCUACUUUGAUUGACCAGCGUGUCACAAGAGAGGGCUAUAUCGGGAUGGCAAUCGCUGGAGGAGCUGCUGCGCUCGGCGCAAUCAUCUUGGGCUCUAUCGUACGGCGAGCCAGUCGCAAGUAG